GAUCGCUCUGCUCCAUGGCGGCGGCGGCGGCGGCGUUAGCGGCCGGGGGAGCCGAAGAAACGGGAGCCCGCCUCUAACUCGGGGCCCCGCUUCCCUCUCCUCCUCCUUCCUUCUCCCUUCUCCUUCUCCUCUUCCUCUUCGUCGUCUCGAGCCCUGCUUGAGAGUCGUACCCGCCAGGCAGCGGCUGCUUUGGCAGCGAAGAGAGAGUGGGUUUCUUCAGGGCCCAGGAGGUGUGUUGGUGUCAACCUCCUCCUCCUCCUCCACCGCUCUCGGCGGUCGCUUGGACUCGAGAGGAGAUUGAAGAAGAGAAGAACAAGACAUGGGCUCCCAGGCGCUGCAGUUUCUCCGCCAGGGCCUCUGGGCAUCCCUGACUGGGGGCUGGUGCUUUGACCCGCAUCAGAGCAAAUUCUCAAAUGCUUUCCACCUCUACGUGUGGCUCUUCCUGCUCUGCUUCCCCUUCACGCUCUACCUGGUGCUGCCUCCAAACAUGGUGUCGGUGGGGAUCUACUGCGGCGUCAUCGCCAUCUUCUUCACCUCGCUGAAGUCCGUCAACUACCGGCUGCACAUGAUGUUUGACCGGGGCGAGUUGGUGGAGCGUAGCGGCUGCAGCGGCGGCGGCGGCGGCGCUGGCGGCGGCGGCGGCGGCGGCGUCGGAGGAGGAGGCAUUGAGAUGCUGGACCUCCGCUCGCGGCCUCCCGGCGUGCUUCAGGACGACGACGAGACGCCAGUGGGACCCGGCCCAAGCAGCGGGGCCAGGCAGGAGUACAGCGGAGGGCCCGGUGACCCUGGUGGGGGCAGCACGAGUGGCAGUGGCGGCAAAGUGGAGGUGGUGGAGCUGCACAGGGAGGGAACGCCGCCUCUAGCGUGCAGCUCGCGUAACUCCUGCGCGGGAGACCUGCAUCGGGUUGAGAUUCUCCCAGUCCUCGAGUCCACUGGCAGUGCCAAAGAUGCGCUCGGGAGGGAGAAGCCACCUUUGCCGCCGCUACUCUCGUGCGACUCCCCCGCCUCGAGCCACGGCUCGGGCUCCCUCGACUCGGAGACGCAGACGCUGCUGGCGUCCGUGGGCAAGCGCGGCCACGCGUCGAGCGGCGACGCGCCGGCGACUGCGUCCGCCGCCACCGACGGCCGCCUGACGUGGUCGAGCGAGACGAGCGAGGCCCCCGCGCGUCGACGUGACGGCCAAGCGCCGCGCGCGUCGCUCAGCGAGUUCCUCGACAUGCCGGCGCUGCGGGCCUUCGAGUCGCCCGACGGCCGCGAGCCCGGGAGCCCUCGCGGCGACGCGGCCUCGAUGUCCGUCGACGACUCGCCCGGCAACGCGCCUGACGACGACGACGAAGACGGCGGCGGAAGCGGUGGCGUUGACGGCCCUCGGCUGCCGGACGGAGCCUCCCUGCGGCAGGAGGAGUCGCGGAACAGCCUGCGCAGCCUCAGCUCGGUCGGCUCGGGCCGCCUGCGCUUUGUGGAGCCCGCCGACGACCCUCGCGGCCCGCGGUGUGCCGCCGCUUACGAGGACGAUCGCGGCAAGUCCGCGCGGAGCCAGCCGCCCGAUCCGAGGGCUGACGAGAAGUCGUCCGCCAGGGCGGACGCGAGGACUAAGCAGAAGGAGCGGCUUCCUUCGUACGGCGGCGAAACUAACGCGAACCCGCACUCCAACCUCAUAGCGGCAGACGCGCUGGCGGCACAGAAGGCGGCCGACGUCAAGGAGGGCAACGGCGGUCGGACUCGGGGUGGCAGGACCGGCGCCGAGAACCUGGACGGGUGCCCGAGCUCGGCGGAGAGCGUCGCGCCGAGCCUCGUGGAGUCCCCGGCAAGCAGGGGCGGCAGGCCCGUGCAGGAGAGCGCACGGGUGGCGACAGCGGGGGAGGGCGCGGACCCGGCGGUGCGGCCCAAGUCGUCGAGCUUCCUGCGGCGCGCGAGUCGCAAGCGGAAGACGAGGCGGAAACGCAGCGGUAGCUUUGAGCUGGACCGCCCGAGCGCGGGCUCGGCUCCGAGCCGAGCUCACGGCAGCGGCGGUGAGUACGUGACGGUGCCCACACCGUUUGGCGUGCGCGACAAGAACAACGAGGACGACGAGGACUCGAGCGAGCUGAGCUCGCCGUCUUCGACCAACAGCUUCUUCCGAGAGAGCAGCUUCAACAGUAGCUCGACGCACUCCAGCCCAUCGCCGGACUCCGACUCGGGGCUUUUCCUUGAGGCGGUGGCGGCGGCGGCGGCCGCGGCGGCGGCUGCUUCGCACAAGCACGGGCGGGGGAAACGCGGCGUGUGCCGAGUGACUGGAGGGAGUGGUGGCGGCGGCGGCGGCGGCAGCGGAGCGGCCCCGCCUGCUGGCACCGGCACGCCAAGGCCCCCGCUGAGGCGGCCGCCGUCGCACUCUGUGUCGCACCCCCCCCGGCGUACGCCCAGCAUGGCGAGCGCCAAGACGCACGCGCGCGUGCUCAGCAUGGAUGCCGGGGGGGCCGGGGCGGCGGGCGGAGGAAGAGGCGCCGCGGCUAGUGGCGGUCCAGCGGACGUCUCGGCAGGAGACUCUGCGGCCGCGGGGGCGACUGCCGGCCCGGCAGUCGAGGACCCCUCGUCCUCGUCGCGUCCCCUCACUUCGUCCAAGUCGGAGCUGGAGAAGAAGGAGGGAGAGGCGCUGGACGAGCGCUCGCUGCUGGGACGUGCCCGCCUGCUCGAGCUCAUGUCGCGUGGGCACACGGGCGGCGGCGGCGGCGGCGGCGGCGGCGGCGGUGGAGGGAACGGCAGCCAGGCGGAGUGGCGCGAGCUGGUGACCAGGAGCCAGAUCGCCACCUCGUCGUCCGAGUGGAGGGACCUGGUCACGCGAAGCCACUCGGAUUGGCUGGAGCUCGAGGAGCAGGGGGCGGCUGGUGGGGUGCCGUCAUCGGUGAGCGAGGAGGGAGGCAAGCCACGGCGGCACAGCAGCAUGACGCGCGGCGCGGUGCGGAGGCAGACCGUGCGGCGCCGCCACCACGCCGGCAGCAACCCCACGCCGCCGCCCUCCAUCCUGGGCUCGCCACUCAGCCUACCGGACGGCCCCCGCUGCCGCACGUCAUCGCUGUUCAAGCCCGUGCAGAGUCUGCCGCUCUCCCUGGGGCCGUCCGUGCCGGGCAGCGGUGGCCCCUGCGGUUCGGGCGGCGCCGGCGGCGGCGGUGGCACGGGCGGAAGCUGCGGGGGAGGCCCCGGCGGGAGCGGCGGGGCGAGCUCCUCGUCGUGCGUGCAGGCCCAGCUUCCGGGCGCUCCGCCGCUGCACGUCGCCACGUCGCACGAUGACACCACGUCCGGUGCCGUGCACUGCUUCGAGGAUGAGGAAGGGAACCUGAUGACGUACACCUUCGGGGAGCAGAGCGACGGCUGUGCCACGCUUCUCUCCAACAUGGACGCCACCAUCAACCCCAAGCACUCGAGCUGGGAUAGCCACUCGUACUUUGACGCGCCCUCGGUCGGCUUCCUCGACAAGACGGAGGAAGCGGCGUCUCGCGACCGCGACCUCAACCCCUACGAGACUAUCGAAGUGCCGCGUCCCCGUGAAUCCGUCUUCUUGGAGCAGCGUUUGUUCCGGGCGCAGCAGCGAUUCCGGGGUCCGGCGUUGGAGCUGCCGUUGCCAGAGGUGCACGACGGGCGCGGCGGCAUCGGGGGCGGGAUCGGCGCGGGGACGCUGGCGGACAGCGAUCGGCCCGGGGAGAAGCGAGUGAAGCAGCGGUACAAGCUGCAGUUCUUCCCCGGAGCGUGGCUGGCCAUCCGCUACGACCGCCUGGCGCUGCUGGCCCUGCUCGAUCGAAACCGGCAGUUGGGCGAGAACAUCCUGGCCGUGGUGCUGGCCGUACUCGUCGCGUUCCUUGGCUUCGUGCUGCUCAAGACCGGCUUCUUCCACGACAUCUGGGUGCUGCAGUUCUGCCUGGUGAUCGCCAGCUGCCAGUACUCGCUCAUAAAGAGUGUACAACCAGACGCUGCAUCACCAAUGCAUGGUCACAACCGGGUGAUCGCCUACAGCCGGCCGGCAUACUUCUGUCUGUGCUGUGGCCUCAUGUGGCUGCUAGACCUGGGCAGCCAAAGCGUGAGCCUGCGCGUGGCGUUCACGCUGUACGGCGUGCCCUGCACCGUGCCCCGGUUACUCAUUUUUGCCCGUGACCUCAUCAUGGUGUUCACUCUGUGCUUCCCCGUGGUGUUCGUCUUCGGCCUCCUGCCGCAGAUCAACACCUUCCUCAUGUACGCGCUGGAGCAGCUGGACAUGCACGUGUUCGGGGGCAACGCUGCCACCAGUGUGCUGGCCUCUGUCUACGGCUUCGUGCGCAGCGUGCUGUGCGUGGCGCUGCUCUACGGCUUCUGCUACGGGGCACUGACGCAAACGUGGGACUCGCAGCACAUCCCCGUGCUGUUCUCCGUGUUCUGCGGGCUACUGGUGGCCCUCUCGUACCACCUGAGCCGGCAGAACAGCGACCCCACUGUCCUCUGGUCACUCAUUCAGUCGAAGCUUUUGCCCGAAGAGCCAGCAGACAACCCCGAGGAACCACUGGAGGAGAUGAAAGACCCCCUUCCGGACAAACUCAAGCAGUCUGUGAGCGAGCGCCUCCAGUCGGACGUCAUCGUGUGCGUCGUCAUGGCUGUGCUGGCGUUUGCCGUGCACGUGAGCACCGUCUUCGUGGCGCUUCAGCCGGUGCUGAGCCUGGUGCUGUACGGGUUGACGGGCGGCGUUGGCUUCCUGGUGCACUACGUGCUGCCCCAGCUGCGCAAGCAGCUACCCUGGUACUGCUUCGCUCACCCGCUGCUCAAGACGCGCGAGUACAGCCAGUUCGAAGUCAGAGAACCAGCGCAGCUCAUGUGGUUUGAGAAGUCACAGGUGUGGCUGCAGUUCCUGGAGAAGAACUUCCUGUACCCGGCCGUGGUGCUGAGCGCCAUGACCAACGACGCAAAGACGAUCGCCAGCCCCGACCGCCUGGGCCCUUAUGUGGGGGCGCUGGCGGUGGUGGUGGCCGGCAUGAAGCUGCUGCGCUUCUCCUUCAGCAGCCCCACCUACCAGUACGUGACGCUCAUCUUCACCGUGCUCUUCUUCCGCUUCGACUACCCCGCCUACUCGGAGACCUUCCUGCUCGACUUCUUUUUCUUCUCCAUCGUGUUCAGCAAGCUCUGGGACCUGUGGCACAAGCUGCGCUUCGUGUUCACGUACAUCGCGCCGUGGCAGAUCACGUGGGGUUCCGCCUUCCACGCCUUUGCCCAGCCCUUCGCCGUGCCACACUCGGCCAUGUUGUUUGUGCAGGCCGUCAUCUCGGCCGUCUUCUCAACACCAUUGAACCCGUUCCUGGGCAGUGCCAUUUUCCUCACGUCAUACGUGCGGCCCGUGCGCUUCUGGGAGCGAGACUACAACACCAAGCGGGUCGAUCACUCCAACACUCGGCUUGCCACGCAGCUUGACCGCAGUCCCGGUGCGGACGAUAACAACCUCAACUCCAUCUUCUACGAGCACCUGACGCGCUCACUGCAGCACAGCUUGUGCGGCGACCUGACCCUCGGCCGCUGGGGAAACUACACGACGGGCGACUGUUUCAUCCUGGCGUCCGACUACCUCAACGCCUUCAUCCACCUCAUCGAGAUUGGCAACGGGCUCGUCACCUUUCAGCUGCGCGGCCUGGAGUUCAGAGGCACCUAUUGCCAGCAGCGGGAGGUGGAGGCGAUCACGGAGGGCGUGGAGGAGGACGAGGGCUGCUGCUGCUGUGAGCCCGGCCACCUGCCGCACGCUCUGUCCUUCAACGCCGCGUUCGGGCAGCGCUGGCUCGCCUGGGAGGUGUCCGUGGUGAAGUACGUCCUCGAGGGCUACAGCAUCACGGACAACAGCGCCGCCACCAUGCUGCAGGUGUUCGACCUGCGCAAGAUCCUGCUCACGUACUACGUCAAGAGCAUAAUCUACUACGUGGUGAGCUCGCUGCGGCUGGAGGAGUGGCUGGAGAGCGAGGUGGUGCGCGAGGGGCUGCGCCCGUGCUGCGAGCGUGGCUACGCCGACGUCGACCCGACCUUCAACCCCAACAUCGACGAGGACUACGACCAUCUGCUGUCGGGCGUCUCGCGCCAGAGCUUCUGCAACGUCUACCUCGAGUGGAUCCAGCACUGUGCUAGCCGGCGCGAGCAGGCGGUGGAUAGUGCCAAGGACUCGAACCUCGUGACUCUCUGCUUCGGGCUCUGCGUGCUGGGACGCCGAGCCUUGGGCACCGCCUCCCACCACAUGUCCUCCAGCAGCCUGGAGCCCUUCCUGUACGGGCUCCAUGCCCUCUUCAAGGGCGACUUCCGCAUCACGUCGCCCAAGGACGAGUGGAUCUUUGCCGACAUGGAACUCCUGCGCAAAGUGGUGGCCCCGGGCGUGCGCAUGUCACUCAAGUUACACCAGGACCACUUCACGUCCCCGGACGAAUACGAGGACCCGGCAGUUCUGUACGACGCCAUCUGGAACCACGAACGCGAGCUCGUCAUCUCGCACGAGGGCGACCCCGCGUGGCGCAACGCCGUGCUCUCCAACCGCCCCUCGCUGCUGGCGCUGCGCCACGUGCUGGACGACGGUUCGGACGACUACAAGGUCAUCAUGCUCAACCGCCGCUACCUGAGCUUCCGCGUCAUCAAGGUGAACCGCGAGUGCGUGCGGGGCCUGUGGGCCGGCCAGCUCCAGGAACUCGUGUUCCUGCGAAACCGCAACCCGGAGCGCGGCAGCAUCCAGAACGCCAAGCAAGCGCUGCGCAACAUGAUCAACUCGUCGUGCGACCAGCCCAUCGGAUACCCCAUCUACGUGUCGCCGCUCACCACCUCGUACGCCGGCACGCACCAGCAGCUCCGCUCCGUCGCCGGCGGGGCCAUCACCGUCCGCAGCAUCGGACACUUCCUGGCUGCCACCUGGCACAGGAUGCGGAAGGGGUGCGGCGCCGGGUGCAACAGUGGCGGAAACGUGGACGACUCUGAUUGCUGCGUCGGGGGGCUCUCGUCCAUCGGGGGAGGUGGCGGUGCCGUGGGCCCAAAUCCCGGGGGGAACCCCUCCCAGGGGAACGCGGGGCACGCUGGCGUCAACGCCCCUCCAACCGGCAGCCACGCCGCCAUGCAGCCCGUCAUAGGGCAGCCCGUGCCAGGUUCCCUGGGGCAAUCCCUGCAGGCUGGGCUGGUGCGCGCCUCUCCCCAGCGAGGCGCGGGCGUGUCGCAGGGCAGCCAGACGUCCGUGCUGUGGUACGGCGCCAGCGGAGGAGCGGGUGGCACUGGCGGCGGCGGCCGGCAGCCCUCGUCGCUCCGUUCGGGCGUCGUGCCGGGCUCCUGGUGCCACUCGUCGUUCCGCAACGCCUCCGAGGGCGCCGGCCUCGCCUCGCUGUGCACGCCCGAGAUGGUGGGCGGCGGCGGAGGAGGAGGAGGAGGAGGCGGAGGAGGCGGCGGCGGCGGUGGAGCGAACCGGUCGAGCCUGGCGUCUUCGAGCAGCUCGACGCUGAGCAGCGUGAUCCUGCCACUCGGCAAGCGCAGCACGUCCACGCUGGCCACCAUCGCGGCGGGGUUGCUGGCGCCCGAGGCCAGCGCUAGCCUCGCGGGCAACGCCGGCAGCAACGCCGACUCGCAGUCCAACGCAAGCACGGGCACGGGCUCCAGCGCAGGCUCGGGCAGCGGGUGCGGGGGGCUGCCCUUGUCGGCGGCGGCUGCGGUCAGUGGUAUCGGAGGUGGCGGUGGGACUGGCGGAUCGGCAGGUUUGACCUUGGCGAGUUUUGGCGGAACACCGCCCAGGAGGGAAACCGUUGGUGCCAGAGUUCAGAUUGUGGACGUGAGCCAGGUGCUGGACUCGGUGCAUGCCUCCAAGCGCCGUGAGCUGCAGUGGCCGGACGACUCGGUGCGGGCGCGCGCUGGCCGGGCUGCUUGGCGCGACUGGAGCCCCCAGGAUGGCAUGGAGGGCACUGUGAUCCAUCGCUGGGUGCCGUGCAGUCGCGACCGCGUGAGUCGCUCGCACCUGGACCGCGCCAUCCUGCUACUGCAGAUCAGCGAUAAGUACGUGCCCAUCCUAGAGAGCGGCGUCACGGAGCUGGCCGAGAGCACGUAGCGCCACGAUGGAUGCCGACUUCCAACCGGUCCUCCUUGCCCCCCUCCGCCGCCGCUAUCAGCGCGCCAUCAACUCCUCGGGAGACGCACCCUGCUCUGUGCGAAAUGCUGUCUUCCCCCCCGGCCCAUCCCUCCUCCCACCACCGCUUGCGUGCUUGCCACCACCCGUGCACUGGCUGUCGAGGAUUAUGGGUAGCCUCGGUAAGUGUUUGGUUAUCGGCCGAGACCUCUUUUGAGACACUCGCGGACGAAUCGUUGGGAGGAAGCUGAGCCGUGCGCAGACUGCUGCUGUCAUCGCCGCUGGGGGAGUGGGGCUGCCUGCCUUCGGGUUGGAAUCAUCGAGCGGUGUGGUUGGCAUUGAGAGCUCAGAACUGCAGGCGUCUGGUGAGCACUACCCCCUCGCAUGAUGACGCCGAGACUCAGCGCUCUGGACGCAGCCCAGCGUCUCAAAAAAACUCGCCCAGUGCUUUCAGACUUGUGAUUUGUCAAUAUAAUCGUUUUUAUGUUUUCCAAACUACUGGCUGCAUCCUGAGAUGUUGUCGGUGUAGAAACAGGCUUAAUAUAUAUUUUUUAAUUCCUGUACCAAUCGCCAUUAAAAAAAGAAAUGAAUACCGAGUUUGUAAAUAAGGCACCCAAGAGGGAUGCAAUGGGCAAUUGAGUUCAUGAAUAUUAAUCGCAGCACCUUUACAUUUUGAGUAUUUUUGCUUGAAGAAAUCGGUUAUUUUUCUUGUUGGUUCACAGUCUCAAAAGUUAUGACUACGAAACAGCCUUAAAUAUUUUAGGGACAGCAAAAUGUGGCCCCCAGGGUGGCAGGGCUUGGCAUUUUAAGCCCUGGGUUUACACACUGGCCUCAUAUCUUGAGCGUGACGCUUAUGUAAAGUGUAAAAAAACAUUGCUGCGUUGUCUGCCGGGCUAUUUCUGUUUUUCAAACAAGCAUGAUGAACAACAAGUCGGCCUACUGCAGGCUAUUUACAUAUCCGUUGGUCACAAAAGAAUAUCUGUUGCAGCCCUUAAGCAUAUCUGAGAAAUUGUGGUGUAGUUUAAGGAGACGUUGCAGUGAAUCGAGAACUUGACACUUGCAGCAUUUUGACCAAACAUUUCAUUUCUCAAUCAUUUUUUGUGGAUGGGUAGACCCUCAAGUGAGAGAUUAUGAAGGAGGGGGUAACCUAUACUUGUGUUUUCAGGCUUCAGUUGAGUGUUUUGACAGCAGUCAGUACCAAGAAAAGGUUAAGUUGGAGAACGAAAGAUCUAUCGGUCAAAAAAAAGGCAGGGAUUUUUAUUUUACUGUAAAUGUACCGCACGUUUGUGAGCUCUCGGGGUUUCUGAGUUAAGAUGUGCGAAUUAUACACCCAAGGAAUUAACACCAUUAUAACUCGGCACCCCCCCCCCCCCCCAAUACUUUGUGAAACUUCUUGUUAAACCGUUUUUGAAAAGGACAAAUCCAUUUGAUGGCUGGAAUAAGGGGGGUGGGGUGGGUUAAUGUUACAUGAAGUGAGAAUGGCUUUAUGUAAUGCUCGUUGAGCCAGCUUUCCCACGCCAGCCAGGGGACUUUGUUGAGUCGGGCUUCCUUCACUUAGAUCCACCACGAUGCGAUCUGCCGGUGAGCUCUCUGUUGCCUGUCCGUGUUACCCUUGGGUUGGGCAGGUAACGGUGAAUGAAGCAACUUUGCUUUGGAAUGUAAUGACCUCAAACCAUGUUAAUGGACAUUCAUCUUCAGUUUUCACUUUGGAAAAGCAAUAAUGUCACUUGCUGACACGCUUAUCUUGAGCUCAUUGAGCCCUCAGGGGCACUCUUCUUACUGCAUCUAUACAGCAGUCGGCAGUGCUCGUGUAGAAUUUAGUCACUGGAGAGUAAACGACGACACAAAUCCACAAUUCGAGGUGUUAUUCAAAAUACAAUUCACUGGUACUUUCACUCGUGACAGCGAGGUUGAUAGCACCAUCCGAUUCGACUGAUCACAGAUGAGUGGCUCGCAGAGUGAAUGCAAGAGACGUGCGCGGAAGGGGGUGACGGGGGAUUUGGAGGAGCUUGCUCCAAAUCAUCGGAAUCUUUAUUUCGACUGGAGGAAUUCUAUGAGCUAUGAAGACGUCCAGUAUAGAUGGAUCAGAAAGCCUGGCAGGUGGCUGCGACGGGGGUGGAGCGCACGGCUCUACCGCAGUGCGAACUUAACAAGUCCCGAUUUCGGCAAGACAACAACAUUGGAUGAAGUGUUUUGGCGAUACACACAAGUGUAAAAGCUACUUGCAAGAUGGGUAGGUGGAUCGUGCAGCCAUGUGAGUUCUGCCUCGCCUAAUCUAGCAGCUUGUCGCCAUGAUCGUGUUUAUUCGACGCAUAGUCUGCUACGCAACAAGGUGGUACCUGUAGGGAGCGGUAUAGUGUGAGGUUUGUGCCAGGCUGCCUGCAGAGGUUUGAGUGCAACACCGAUAAUAUGCAUUCGUAUUUUUGGGGUACUCUUAGUUUCACUCUACAAGCUAAAUAAAUAUUGUACUCAUGGAUUGGCCCAUCUCAAACUGGAUCUUACCGGAAAUAUUCUUGAGACUCAAUGAGACUUUCCUGGGUAGAGCUUCCAAACGGAUACGUGACAUUCCCAGCGCAUCAGUAAAAUUGAGCAUGUGUUUCGAAAGCAUCUAAAUGUGUCCACAUCCAAGAGGCUGUCCGUGGAAAAGACAUGCAUCAUUUGAUUAGGGGAAAAUAAGAUUUGUUUUGGUUGAGGUUUUUUUGGAGAGGGAAGUUAUGGAUAGGAUGGAAUCAGACGGCAGAGGGGGAAUGAUGACACACGAUAGAGGGACACGUGGUGGACAUUAGUCUCAAGCCUGGUUUGUGAACAAGGGCUGUUGUCUGAUGAGGUUGCUUGUAAUUACCGGCAGAACGUCGUACCUGAAAUGUUGUGGGUUUACUCUCCAACACACCGGUGUGCUGAACUAGUAACGAAUUGGCAUGUUUUGUUUUCCCUGACAAACCUUACUAAUUGGCUGUGUCGGGUGGUGGUGGCGGCGGCGGGUUUCACUACAAAUCUAUAUUAACGUGAUCUAACCCCAAAAAAACUAUUGUGGGUGAUGGGAGUUUAAGCAGACACCAGGGCAGCAGCAGUAACACAGAAGUGGAAUGACCUCCCUGUGGCAUUGUUUUUUUUUUAAGAUGAGAAUAAUAAUGUUUGCCUUGUACCACAAGUGGAUUGGCAGACAUGGCAGCCGGAAAGAUGAUGGGCCUAUAGCUUGACGGAAGGUGGUGGUUGUCCCCCUUCACAUUUUUUUCUGGUGGAAACGCUGCGAGUCGUCACGAUGCGAUGGGAUCUUUCUAUGCAUCCACCGACCACCGAACACAAGACCCCCUCGCCCUGAAGUGGGACCGCUUCACUUGAUUACUUAUUUCUGAGGGUUGGGGGGGGGGGUAAUCAGAUUUUUGCGAGAAAGUCAGGUUAAACUGGGCAUUUAAAUGAAACCUUUGCAAGCGGUUACAGGUCAUGUCAUGGUAUAUGUUUUCCGGCUGAUGUGUACAUUGGGAACACGUUUUCGCUCUUGGCUUAUUGUACAAACUGUGUGUGUGUGUGUGAGCGACCAAGCCAAGAUGAUAUUUUACAUUAUGCUGGCUGCAUAAUUGUUUAUCUUGAAAUGAAUAUUGUAUAGUUUUGCAUUCCCGUUUGUUUCUCUUGAUAUUAAUCUUGGAUGUACAAAAAUAAGUGAUCGGUCAUUUUCAGCCCUUAGUCAAUGCACCGCUGGAGGAAUGCCUCUCCACACUCUUGGUCAUGGAGGUUGCUUGACUAUACUUCACCUCGCUGGUCCGUGUGGGCUGGUAAAGGGGGGGGGGGCACUGUUCAGAUAUCACUUGCCGUCAAUGUUAGCCCUGGGCCUCGAAUCGAACUCGGUCGCCAGGUUCGGAGAGCAGUGCACUAGCCACUGUGCCACCGUUCAAAAAUGUUGUGCCCAUGAUCUCUCGCAGCAAGUUGGCCAGCAAGGGUCAUUGGGCCUGGGGGAAUGAGACACAUUUAAAUUAAUAACCCGUGCUUUUCGCGUUGCUAAAAAUGUUGAUGAAAAGAAACUUUAUCUUUAUUUGUUCCCUCUCCUGUUCCAUGUAUUUAUAUGUUACUUGGAUAAUCUUGACCGAGUGUUGUGUAAGGGUUAAAAAGUGAAAAAUUCAAUUUAUCGCAAGCUUAUAUACUGUAAAAACAUAUACACGAAUGCUGUUCGUGACUAUCGCAUAAGAUGGCGCAUAUAUGAUGAGAGCGUGGUGGAAAAGCAACUUUGAAAACGUUACCGCACUGCGAUAUAUUUUUUAUCUGCAGUAGUGUUAAAUCCAGUAAUUUUAAAUCCAGUCCAGCUUUAAGUUCUGUCAUUGGUUUAAGAGAUCUACAAUCUCUUACGUCACAAACAAACAAAUACCUCACUUAGUGAAGGCCAAUGAGCCCAAACGUUUACUUAACCAUGGUCUUGUUCAGUCACUUAUCGUUUGAGUUUCCUGCGUGUGCCUGGGUCUGUUUGUGAUGUAGUGCGUUUAGCACACGACGUCUGCCGAAACUGCGGUCCAUUUUCCACUUCCAAGUACACGAACCGCACCGGGUUACGUAAUUAAGUGUGCACGCCAAUCUUGCACUCUGGGGCAUGCUCGUUCGUGCGGAUGUUUGUAAAUAUUUGAUGGAGAACCUGGAUUGGCUCGCGAGCUAUCCUUUUUCCCAAAGAGUUUAACCCCCCUUCGUCUAAGUGGAAUGGACCGAGUUUUGCUGCAUUUUCGGAACUAAAUCUCACCACUCGUUCUGAGCACGCACAUUUGUGCACAAACGCGCCCGCGCUUACAGGCCACAUUCACUUGGCGUAGUUGCAUUUGUUACGAACAACCGCUUUUGAUCAGAACAACCGCUGCAGCGUAUACAUAUACAGUAGAUAUGUAUUGUAUAUAUGUAUACAGUAUACAUUGUAUAUACAACCAAUGGAGAACUUUGCCACUAGAAACGGGACUGGAUGUUUGUCCUGGGAGUCUUGAGUCCAAACUUCACGGACUUACCCGGCCCAGAUUUCAAAUCUGUCACCGCUCAACCUAAUUUAAAUAACCCAGAAUAUGAAAGCAUACAGGAGGUUGGCUGGCAUGUAAAACUGGACUGGAUCAUAGUGUCUGGAGCAUGAGUUGAGACUUAACUGCCUUACUGCACUGGUUGAAUGAAAGCUUGUUAAUAGACGUGUAAUGUAAUGGGUUUGUUCCUCUUUAUGUGUGUAUAUAAUUGUUUUACCAGUAAUGCCUUCUGUGGUUUCCAUACAGGCAUAUUUGAUUUAUGUGUUUGCAUACACAUGUGAGUGUGCGUUCCUAUUUAUGUACAUUUGUUCCCAUGUGUAAGUGCACCUGUGCACACACGUGUGUGUACAUACACACGUGUGUGCUCUGUGCAUGCAUUUCACGCUCAGCAUUCAAUUUGCAAUCAAAACGUUUUCAUAUUAAAAAGAACGUGUUUAAUUUGGGUUGUCGCGUUCGCUGUUAAAGUGUAUACAUCGCUUUGAGAUACAGCACAUUUAUCCUUUCCAUUUGCAUUGGCCAGAGGGUUGUGUUAAUUAUCGUCCUCCCUUUUUUUUGUCUGUUAACUCUUUUUAUUUUCUUACCCUGUGGAGAGGUUGUGAAAAUGUAGAUUGUGUUUUUUCUCCGUAUUUAUUUAUGCGCGGCACCUGGGUUCCUUCUACGCAGUGACAAUGUUUCAGAUUGUAUAACCGGUUAAAAAGGCUUUGACAUGCCCUCCUCCCCGCGCGUGGAGACACCAGUUCAGGAAAUUGUGCAGUUUUAUUCAAAUAUUUUUAUUCUCUUCGCUCGGUUCCUGCUGAAAUAAGACACCAAAUGAUGGUGGCUGGAUGUCUCUGGGGGGCAAAUGCCCUAUUGUCAGGGUCACUAUUGAGCCAGCACAUUUGAGAUCUUUGAUUUCAGGCCGCUGUUGGCAGCAGCUUAAAUUGACGUGGCUUUCUUGGGGCACGUGACAUCACAUUGUUAGAAAUGCAUUGGUGUACGUCUGAUUUAGCCAAGGGGUGAAAAAGUAAAGAAAAAAACAAGCGAUAACAGAACAAAAUAAUAUUCGCAUUUCUUCCUUACAGCUUUAUUUAGUCUUGGGCCCUUGUAUGGCUGGUGAUCAGUUCCCUUUAAAUCAGGACACCCAGUAGCAUUCGUUUGAGGCUACGUCUUGCUGAUGAUAAUCAGAGACGAUGGGACGGGUUUGAAUUACCCCAAGUUCAUAAACAAAUUCCAUUGGGGAAAGGUCGCGUUUAAACGUUAUUGAUGAAACAAGCCACUUAUUUUUUUAAAGUAAAAAAAACAUUCCCCCCCCCCCUCUAUUAAAGGACACCAAGAGAAUGUUCCGAUUGUAUACAACAACAAAAAUAGGCAUUAUUUAGCUGACAUUUCUAUAACAAAUGAAAGAGAUAAACCACUUUUAAAUUUAAUCCACCUUUAAUCUGCACUCAUUGGAUUAAAUGGCAUACAGUGUGUCAUGCCCACAUGUUCAUCAGCAAGACGUAUCGGCAUGUGCAUAAGGCGGUUAUUCUCAAUUUCCAGGUGGUGUCUUCAUUUUCAAACGUUGCAUUUCUCCCCCCUUCCCCCCCCCCCCAGUCUUCCUGAUCCAGAGAUAGAACCUAUACAAACCAUCAUCACAUAUCACUUGACAGCCGGGUCGAAUGUGCGUGUAGAUUGGCAGAUGUGGUUAACUAGGAUCGUUGGACUACUGAGCAGAGGGAACCAGGUCUGGGGUGUGUAAUCCACUGCUGUGUUCACACGGCAAUGUUGUUCAUGUCCUCAAUUACUUGGCAGAGCUCACGUCUAUACUCGGGUAUGCUUUCUUGCCGGUCUUAGGUGCGGCAUCCGUUACUAUUACUGUUCAACCACACAGCACAAAUAUAUCUGUGGGGGAGCAACCUUCAAACUACUGUUGGCUUUCAACAUGCCACCUUUCAUCACGGAGUAAAUCACAAGUGAUGAGUGCAAAAGAAAACUGAACACUUCAUUGGCAGUGGUGUAUUUACAAGCACAGACCUAAAACACAUCACCACCGUAUUAACAGUGCCUUGUUUCAGAAAAAUAUACAGCAGGCUAAAAUGUCAGCCAGUGGCCCACGUGAAAUAAGGGUAAUUCCCUGAACGUUUGGCCUACGAUGUUUCUGUUUAUGUGGUGUUAAUGAAGACUGGUGGUGAAGUGUUGGUUGGCCUGUGUGACUGACACAAGCCGUGGUUUAUUUGCGUUUGGUCACUUUUCGCUGCCUGUUUUAUUUUAUUGUUGCUACCAUCGUGCGCACGGCGGCGCUAUGCACCACGCCAGCCACGUGUGCAGGGCCUCCACGUGAACAUGCCGUGGGCUCCACCCCAUCCUCGCGGCGACUGAUUUUCCAUACUCGGAAUAGGAGCAAUGACUACGUAAUAGGAAUAAAACAUCUCCUUAUU